GGCGCUGCUGCGGCUGCGCGGGCCGACGCCGGAAGUGCGGGCGGGCAGGCCGGGGCGGCGGGUCGGGGUUGCGGGGCCGCCAUGAGGCGGGACGUGCGCAUCCUGCUGCUGGGCGAAGCCCAGGUGGGGAAGACGUCGCUGAUUCUGGCGCUGGUGGGCGAGGAGUUCCCGCAGGAGGUGCCUGCCCGCGCCGAGGAGAUCACCAUCCCCGCUGACGUGACCCCGGAGAGGGUGCCCACGCACAUCGUGGAUUCCUCAGAGGCGGAGCAGUCGGCGGAGGAGCUGCAGGAGGAGAUCCACAAGGCGAAUGUGGUGUGCAUGGUGUACGAUGUCUCGGAGGAAGUCACAAUCGAGAAGAUUCGAACCAAAUGGAUCCCGCUAGUGAAUGCAGGAACAGAGAGGGGGCCCAGGCUGCCCAUCAUCCUGGUGGGCAACAAGUCAGACCUGCGUCCCGGGAGUUCGCUGGAGGCUGUGCUGCCCAUAAUGAGCCAGUUUCCUGAGAUUGAGACCUGUGUGGAGUGCUCUGCCAAGAGCUUGCGGAAUGUCUCGGAGCUGUUCUACUACGCCCAGAAAGCCGUGCUGCACCCCACAGCCCCACUGUACGACACAGAGGCCAAGCAGCUGCGGCCUGCAUGCGUGCAGGCCCUCACCCGGGUCUUCACGCUCUGGGACCAGGACCUGGACCAGGUGCUCAGCGACGAGGAGCUCAAUGCCUUCCAGGCAUCCUGCUUCGGCCGCCCAUUGGCCCCACAGGCCCUGGAGGACGUCAAGAUGGUGGUGUGCAGGAACGUGGCCAACGGUGUGCGGGACAAUGGGCUGACCCUGGAUGGCUUCCUCUUCCUCAACACGCUGUUUGUCCAGCGCGGCCGACAUGAGACCACAUGGACUAUCCUGCGCCACUGUGGCUACGGGGAUGACCUUCAGCUGACCGACGACUACCUCUUCCCGCCGCUGCUUGUGCCUCCCGGCUGCAGCACGGAGCUCAGCCACCUCGGCCACCAGUUUGUGCAGAGAGCCUUUGAAAAGCAUGACCAGGAUCGAGAUGGCGCCCUCUCACCCGCUGAGCUGCAAAGCCUCUUCAGCGUCUUUCCUGAAGCCCCCUGGGGGCCAGGGCUUCCUGGCUCCAUCCGCACUGAGGCUGGGCACCUGGGGCUGCGCGGCUACCUGUGCCAGUGGGCCCUGGUGACCUACCUGGAUGUGCAUCGCUGCCUCGGGCAUCUGGGCUACCUGGGCUACCCCACGCUCUGUGGGCCAAACUCGCAGGCACAGGCCAUCACAGGUGGGUGCCCGUCACCAUCCCCAGGCGCCAUUCCCUGGCCGGUGAUGCCCUCACCUAGUUUGGUCCUUGCAGUGACCCGGGAGAAGCGGCUAGACCAAGAGAAGGGUCAGACGCAGCGGAAUGUCCUUCUGUGCAAGGUGCUAGGGGCCGCAGGCGUGGGCAAGUCAGCCUUCCUGCAGGCCUUCCUGGGCCGCGGCCUGGGGCACCCAGAGACCCCCGAGGAGCCCCCUGCCUACGCCGUGGACAUCGUGCAGGUGCACGGGCAAGACAAGUACUUGAUUCUCUGCGAGGUCAGUCCCGAGGGUCCCCUGGACGCCAGCUGCGAUGUCGCCUGCCUCCUGUUUGAUAGCACUGACCCCGUGUCCUUCGCGCACUGCGCCCACCUCUACAAGCGCCAUUACAUGGACGGGCAGACGCCUUGCCUCUUCAUCUCCUCCAAGGCCGACCUGCUGGGGGGCGCUGCUGGCCCUGGCCUGGCGCCCGCUGAAUUCUGCCACCGCCACCGGCUGCCGGCCCCUACCCCUUUCUCCUGUGCUGGCCCUGGCCCGCCCAACCCGGCUGCCUUCUCUCGGCUCGCCGCCAUGGCCGCCUUCCCGCACCUGCUGCAGGCAGAGCCAGGCCCUUCCUGCCCCUGGCUCUGGGGCUUGCUGGGCGUCAUGGGGGCUGCCAUGGUCGCUGUCCUUGGCUUCUCGCUCUUCAGGGUCCUCAGGAGCCGAUGAGGCCUCCCCAACUCCUCAUAGGACCCCAUCUCGGCUUAGCACGGUGGCCCCCAGGGCAGUGGGACUGCAAAUUCUGUCUGUCCUGGGCCUGGG